AUGAGUGUAGGAAGAGUUCUAAGUCUUGUACUUCUUCUAUUGACAACGACUGUACUUGUCACUCAUGUUGUGCUCGAACAGUCCCAACACUUUGAAGUGACUGCGUUGACUACGAUCAAACAGUGGCUUAAUCAUAAUAUGUGUAUGGGAACAUCAACAUACUUGAAUGUAUUUCCGUCUUUAAAAACAGUAGAUAUUAACACGCUCUUCUUCACAGCGUUUAUGAUAUCAUCUACAUCAUUCCUUUUAUCAAGUGGCUUUAAGAAGUGUAGUCUAUUUCAAAUCAGUCUUGUCAGUGGGGUGCUCUAUUGCUCUUUAUUUGUGAUGUCAUUCAUCUUACUUCGUCCUGGAAUUUUGUGUGGGGUGAUGAAAAUGGUGGUCUUUUUGGAUUACAGCAAAUUCACUGAAUCCACGCAAAAUAUCUUAGGCGAUUCCAGUUAUGAUGACUUAGGUAUUUCCUCUAAGAUAAAUGACUUUGUGGAUACGACUCGGUAUAAUGUGUCGUCUGUUGUGUUUACACACAGUCUCGUCUUUGUGUUUUGCUACGCAUUACUCUGUAGAUGUUGUAACAACGUUGUAAAGCAUAUGAUGAACUUUUCAUUUUUAGUAGUCCCUGUUGUUCUCUUUUGGGUAGUUAUACCUAACGACACAACACUAGGAAACUGGAUGUGGACAUUCUUUGUGUUACUUGUGUUAAUGGUCCACUUCCAGCAUUGCCCAUACUUCCUUGCCGUCGACUAUAUAUCAGCAGCAGUACUCUUUUCAUAUCGGGUUGUAGACUUGUGUGUGCGACUGAAUAUACCAUACCACUUCUCUAUUGGAGUCAGUGUCUUUGUAGUCUUUUUGACCUUCAUUUUUGUUGUGAAUUUGUCCCCAUUGGCACACACUUGUUCCUUCUGUGUAUUCUACUUAAUACUGACUCUCCAGAAAUGCCCUCAAGACCUUCUUUUAGUGAUCUUCUUUACAUAUGUGUUCUUCUUUGAAAGUACCACGGAGAACAAAGAACAUAACAAAAGUGAUUAA